AUGAACGUGCCAUAUCAAGAUGAUUCUGAAUAUCCAAAAUCUCUGGAUAACAACGACCCCAUGGGACAUUUCAGACAACGAUUUUUCCUCAAGAAAGACAGCAUUUACAUGUGUGGCAAUUCCUUGGGUCUAGCCACGAAGGACGCUGAAGAAUGUGUGCUAGAAGUCAUGGAAAGAUGGAAAGAGGAAGGAAUUAAAAUAUGGACAGUCGAAGACAACAAAUACUAUUUAUACUCUAGAUACUUAGCAAAACUCAUGGCUCCCAUAGUAGGGGCUGAUCCUGAUGAGAUUGCUGUCUUUGGUGGUACAACAAUUAACAUACAUCAAGGAAUAAGUACCUUUUACAAACCUACAAAGGACAAGUACAAGAUACUGGUGGACGACAUCAACUUCCCUACAGACCGGUACGCUGUGGAUAGCCAAGUAUUACUGCAAGGUUACGAUCCAAAAGAUGCAGUUAAAGUUGUGAAGAGUAAAGGAAACUUUAUGGAUGAAGAUGAUAUUAUAAACGCGAUGACAGAAGAUGUGGCGCUGAUAUUCUUGCCUACCGUGUACUACAGAAGCGCUCAGGUGUUAGACAUGGUAAAAAUAACUAAAGCAGCUAAAGAAAGAGGUAUACUUAUCGGAUGGGACCUUUGUCACGGCGUUGGCGCAAUAGAAAUCAAUUUAAAAGAAAUAGACGCUGAUUUUGCAAUCUGGUGCACUUAUAAAUAUCUGAACGGAGGCCCUGGAUCUUCAGCAGCCAUAUACGUCAAUAGAAGACAUUUUAAAAGGUUACCGGGUCUAGCUGGGUGGUAUGGCAACAAGAUCGAGACGCAAUUUCUGCUGAGACAGGAAUUUGAUCACCAACAAGAUGCGAAUGGAUGGCAGAUUGGAACGCCUAAUGUUUUAUCAAUGGCGUCUUUAGAAGGGGCUUUGAAAGUGAUUAACGAAGCCGGUGUAUCGAAUAUGAGGAAGAAGUCUUUACACAUAACAGGGUACUUGAUGUACCUCAUUGAGAAGAAACUGUCUGCUUACGGGUUUACUAUUGGGAAUCUGCGUGAAGAUAGUAAGAGGGGUGGACACGUGUGUUUGGAACAUGAUGAAGGUUACAGAAUCAGUAUAGCAAUGAAGAAAAGAGGUAUCGUUGCAGACUUCAGAGACCCCAACGUAAUCCGUGUGACUCCAACAGCCCUGUACACGAGCUACGAAGAAGUUUACCGAGUAGUGGAUAUUUUACUAGACAUUGUUAAAACUGAAAGUUACAAAGAGAUUGACAGGAACAGAAACUAUGUAGUUUAA